UCAGAGGGGAAGGUGGCAUCCUGCGAAAAUGUCGGCCGACGUGCGUUUGUCGUCGCUCUUGCUCUCCAGCAUUAAUUCCAUUAGUAAUGGGCUGUCAUCGCAAGCAAAGCUAUGUGGCGCAUUAGUUAAGGGGACGACGACGGUGCAACAGUGUCUUUAACUUGUAGCAUAGCAUAUUUCUGAUGCGUAGUUUAUGCCCUGACUUUCAACAGAAAGAGUGCACGUCAUGUUUGCCAAUUGUGGUGUUUGGCAAAAGAAGAAGUGACUGGUAUGUGAAAUAGUGACUGUGAGCCAAAGCGAAAAAAAUUGAAUAUGUCAACAGAAGAAGUGUAUACCGUUCCUUACGAUAGAAUCCAUAGAAGAAGUGGACACGUCGCCGUAGUCUACAAAAAUUACGUUGUAGUAUGGGGAGGUUACACGGAACACGUUCAGAGAACAUCGACCUCACAAAUUCGGACUGAAUAUUUUCCAACAGAUGAAAUAUGGAUUUAUGACAGCAAUACAGAACUUUGGGACCGGGAAGUAACAACAGGUGAACAUCCACCUCGGAACUCUGGUGCUUGCGGUGUGAUAUUGAAGCAACAUUUGUAUGUUUUUGGAGGUUUUGCAUUGCUUGCAGGGUACACAACUGACACUCCCGAUGACCGUAACAACAACACGAACGGCCUGUACCGGCUGGACCUCACAUCCCUGACCUGGGAGCAGCUGCAUCCGAGUGGGAAACCGGAGCCUGCGGCCUGUGACAAGCUCGUCGGCUGGGAGUACGAAGGCAGGCUGUACUUUUUCGGCGGCUUCGGCCCCCCACCCAGCUACGACCCGCCCUUCAAGCACGUCAUAGAUCCGUCGACGAGUUCACUCUACGAGCGAGGGUGGAGCAACCAACUGGUCUGCUACUGCCCGCAGACAGAUUCGUGGUCGUGGCCAAAGACGCAUGGCCGUUGCCCCGAACCACGUGCGGCGCAUGCUGCUGACCGCACUGGAUCGCGCUUGUACCUGUUCGGUGGGCGGUACAGGGGCAGACGAAUGUCUGACCUCCACUGCCUUGACCUGGACACCAUGACUUGGAGUGGAGAUCUGAACAAUAGCCUCCAGUGUGCAAAACCUUGUGGCCGAUCAUGGCACAGUCUAACAUUCAUCUCUCCACAAAGGGCUAUCUUGUACGGGGGUCUGAACCAAAUGAACACUAUUCUGAACGAUUGCUGGGUGCUGGAGGUGCCGGAUAUCGCGUGGUCAGAGCUGAAGGACAUACCCUCCAUCCACAAAAGGAAGCCACGGCUCUGGCACAAGGCCCCACUGGUCCCAACUGGCGAAAUUGUCGUCAUAGGUGGCUAUGCCAAAAAUAUCUUUGGCACCGACGAAAUGUUUGCUGGGAAGGAUCAUGCGGAAGAGCUGAUACUUCUGAACUUCACACCUAAGUCUUUGCGCAGGUUAUGUGUAGACUUUGUACUUUCGCUAGUGGACGAUCCUCGAAUCAAACCAGAGCUAGAUACUCUGCCACGCUCCCUGCGUGAGCUCUUGAGGCGACGCCUCGAGCAAGACCAGGUCGAACGGAGGGCGCGCAGCAUAUACUAUGAGGGCGGGGACGACUUUUCCACAACACCGACUGUCAACUGUGGUUGCGGAUGAUAAGAUCUCUGCAUGAUUGGUAUCUCAUACUCCAUGUGACUUGAUUUUUCUGACUCAUUGUCGCUCAUUACAACACUGUGUCCAGUUUUUUUGUGUACUUACCCAUCAGUAUCAUUAAACAUUGUUUUACACAUCUGA